UGUGUAAAGUAUCGGCGGCUGAUUGGCUCCCGCUGUGCCGAUGUUUGAUGAUGAGUGAGCGAUACACGCACAUCGGAAGUAAAGUGGCUCUACUCGUAAUGGUGCUCGUGGUCAGUGUCUGGGAGAUGACCGUACCAACAGAAGGAGCUGCAGCAGCGCACCAGGUCCGAACGGGCACCUGCGAGGUGGUGGCGCUGCACCGCUGCUGCAACAAGAACAAAAUCGAGGAGCGGUCGCAAACUGUGAAGUGCUCCUGCUUUCCUGGGCAAGUGGCCGGCACCACCAGAGCCGCCCCGUCGUGUGUAGAUGCCUCGAUAGUGGAGCAGAAGUGGUGGUGCCAGAUGCAUCCGUGCCUGGACGGGGAGGAAUGCAAAGUCCUUCCUGAUCUGAAGGGCUGGAGCUGUGCUACAGGGAACAAGAUCAAAACCACUAAGAUUUCUGCGGACAAAGAGCAGCUCUGGUAACAACAGAUGCUUCACAGCAGAGUCCAGGUGAAUCAACGGUUCUGGUCUCUGGUGGAUCAUCGGAGGAGAAAUGAAUAAUGCUGAGGACCUUUGUGUAUAUAGAGACUCUUUCUUCUGGACUGCAGUUAAUCCUUGGAAAACUCUGAAUGCUUCUUCUUGAACUCAAUGGACAUGAAACAGAGGAGUAGAUUCUAAAAAAGUACUGAUCAUUCAACACUUCUUUUUGGAGGACUAGCCUUAACGGACAACAGGAUUUAUUCUCUGACAUUGUAACUGCUCGUAGUGGAAUACAAAAGGUGAACUUUGCUUAUGUGUUAAUUUGUAGAUUACUAAGUUCUUUAUAGGGGAAUUUCCAUCACAAGUUGACGGGGGUGAACAGCAGUUGGUUUGUUGAAAGCAAAUCUUCAUACAGAUUGUGAUUUUGUUUCAUCAGUCAGUUAUGACUUUCAUAUCCAGCAAACUGUAUUUUCAAAUGAAGAUGAAAACAUGUGGCGAGGCAGCAGAUAUUCAGGGUGAUUCUCAAACAAAAAACCACAUUCAUCAAUGUACCGCACAAGGACAGCUGAAGUACACGAGUGCUAUAAAAGAGCUGCAAAUCUCAGUCAACAGGAAUCCUUCAAAUUUUGCUUAUAAGAUGAACGGUCCAUGAUUCUUUUUUGGGGAAGAGGGUCUGUUUGCAGUUUUUUUCUAGGACAUUUCAGUCUCCAGAAGUUGCUGCAGUGUGAGCGCUCUUCACUCUCACUACCAGUUGAGUCGUUGAGCGACUUAGUAGUGUACCAGGCUUUUGUUUGAUAUCUAGUAUCGACUAAAUGUUAUAGCACAUUUCUGUUCAUUAGCGUAUUUUGGAUGCUUCCGCUUGGAUGGAUAACUUGGCUUGUUUAAAGUAUAAUGAGAACAACACGAUCACCCUGAACGUCCGGCCGAACCCUAGUACAAGGUCUGGCAGUUCAGGAAUUUCAGGCUUGAAGAGCCAAAUCUGAUUUCACUGACCAAAUUCUCAGUUACAGCACAAACUGAUCAGACCAACAAGCUGUUAACGGUCAGAAAGUUGGAUCCGCUCUUGGUUCAUGUUUUCUCUGAAAAUCACUCUGCCAUUUCCUGCCACUUUUAUCAGAUUUUGUGUUUUUAAGUCACAGCUCGAGUUCGGAUUCCAUAACAACGAUCCCAAAACGGUUUUCAACUAGUUACUCAAGUAUGAUUUGCUGAUCACCUUUAAGUAGGUAUCGCUGAACACUUCUUUUGUCUGUGUAAGUGAUGAUAUCAGUAAUAAACUAUGGUUGUGUAACCAAAA